GUUGGUUCGAUCCAAAAUGGCGUAUGCGUAUACUUCCCCUAUAUAGCACUUCUAGUGACUAGUGAUAAGGAACCUGUUUACAGUGAUAAAAAAAUUUGAUUAAACACUUUUAGCAACUUGUUACUUUUGAGUUUGGUUAUUCUAUUCUAAAAAUAAUAUUAAAUAAUAUACUCCGCUACUGGCUUUGUCGUUAUUUUUGUGCUUUUUUCAAUUAAAAGUGAAUACUUGAUUUCCCUCCUGAAAUGGAUGGAGAUGGUAUCAUCCACUCCAACUCAGAUAAGGCAGUAGAUUGCUUCGAUGAGAUGGAGCUCAAGCAAGAAUUGCUUCGAGGUAUCCACACGUAUGUUUUCGAAAAACCUUUUGCCAUUCAACAGCGAGCGAUUAUUCCAUGUGUAAAAGGACACGACGUAAUAGCUCAAUCUCAGCCAGGAACUGGAAAAACGGCUACGUGUUUGAUUUCAAUUUUGCAACGAAUUGAUCCAUCCUCGAACGAAUGCCAAGCUUUAAUCUUGGCACAUCAUCGGGAACUUGCGCUGCGAACCCAGAAGGAGGUUUUAGCUUUGGGCAAUUUCUUGGAAAAUUUAAAAUGUCAUGCUUGUAUUGGCGGUACUAAUAUUCGCGAAGAUAUGCGUUGUCUCGAAGAAGGCGCUCAAGUAGUCGUAGGAACUCCUGGACGUGUCCAUGAUAUGAUUUUUCGUAAAUCUUUGAAAAUUGAUCACAUUAAAGUAUUCGUAGUGGACGAUGCUGACGAGAUGUUUGCUGACGGAUUUAACGAACAAGUUCACAAAGUGUUCCAACGCUUACCUCAGGACGUACGAGUACAAUUUAUUUUUUUUGCCACUAAUUUGCCACAAGUUGUACUAAAAGUCAGCGAACAAUUUAUGCGCAAUCCCGUACAAGUUCUAGUAAAUAAAGAAGAAUUAAAUCUGGACGAAAGUGUUAAACAAUUCUACCUGUUCGUCGAGAAAAAUGAAGGGAAGCUAGAUGCAUUGUGUGAUUUAUACGAUACCUUGAGUAUCACCCAGGCUGUAAUAUUUUGUAAUAAUAGACGUAACGUAGAUUUGCUCGCGGAUACGAUGACAAAGAAAGACUAUAACGUAUUGUCUAUGCAUGGCCAUAUGAAUCAAAAAGAAAAAGAAGAACGCAUGAAGAAUUUAAGAACCGGAUCAUCCAGUGUUCUAAUCUGUACAGAUUCGUUCGCUAGAGUAAUGGAUGUGCAACAAUUUUCGUUGGUUAUCAACUACGAUCUUCCCCCAAAGCACGAAAAUUAUAUCCGCAGAAUCGUACGUGGUGGUCGUUUUGGUCGUAAAAGUGUCGUAAUCAACUUCGUUACAACCGAAGAUAAACGUAAGUUGAGUGAUAUUGAACAGUUCUACAAUACUCGUAUUACGGAGAUGCCGAAAACUGUCGCCGAUCUACUAUUACAUUACCUCGUAAAAUUUUAGCUGAUGACAACCUAUAUUUUUUCAUGAUUUUUCGAUUAAGAUAACGUAAUACACAUAAGUUGUAAAUCAUCCAAAAACAGAGUCAAAGACCAACCUUCUGCAAUUCACCGUGCAUUUUUACAGAUCGUAAUUUCAAUUUGACCAUUUCUCACAAUUUUAUGUUUAACUUUUUUCAUAAAAUACGAACAUUACCAAGAUCCCUACUUUAUUGGCUCUAGUCACUUUAUUACAUAUUUUUUUAGUGGC